AUGGGAGGGGAUAAGGUACCGUCGAUCGGAAUCCUCGACAAGCCCGAGGACCUCAAGGAGCUCCUCAAGCAGGAUCGGGGCGAGGAUUGCCUGCCGUGCCGAAUCGUAGGAGGCGGCGCUUUUCUCGGCCUAGCGGCGUACAGCUACUUCUCCGGCCAACGGCAGCUCGAACUGCAGAGGGCGAAGAUCCUGGCGAGCAAGUCCAUGCUCGGCAUGCGCAGCCGCAAAGUCGGCAUUGCGGCCACCUCGCUCGGGCUGGCCUGGCUGGGCAUCUGGAGGUUGUUCUUGUAG